AUGGAUGAAAUUGCUUCUGUCUGCCCUGAUUGGUUGUUCACGUUGUUGAAGGAAACUGGGAGCUGGGAGAUGCUGGAACUGAUCAUGACCAACAUCGUUGCUGGAGCAUCUGCUGGAGUUUGUCUACACAGGAUCGCUGGUCAUGGACUCAGCCAAGACACAGCUGGAGGCACCUUCUGUAAAGUCUGCGUCUCAUUUCUAGGUAGGAGCAGCUCAAGCGCAGGAAGGGCUUGAGUGUGUUAUUAGCAAAUGUGCAUCACAUUUUCCUGCACAACCUUUUCUUCAGCAAUCAGCAUGCACAACCUUAUUGAGCAUCUUGAACUGAAAAUAAUUUCCACUCUGUCUCUGGUACAUCAUGGUCCUUUUUGUCAUGGUCCCAAAGUGAGCAGCCGCCUGAGAAUCCUGCCUGCUGACAUUUUCAGACAGACGAGGGUCCUCUGAUCUUAUCCCAGUGGGCGGGGCCAAACAUGAGGGUAGAUUUAUUCAAAGGUCAGGGAGAAAUUGUCACUUAAAUGUCAAACCAUUUGGCUUGUACCGUGAUGGCAAAGUAGCCGUACAGAUUUAUAAUUAGAAAAAGAUUUUGAUCGUAAGGAGUCGGGGGUUCAGGCUUUUUGGAAAGCAAUGGCCUACUCCAGGUUAUUUAGGGUAACACGCCAAAAGAAGCUGCAAAUGUCAGGUUUUGCAUUCCUUAUAAUUUAUCUCAUUGUUUGUGAGGCAAAAGAUCGGUGGCAGGAAAAUGAGAAACAGCUGCAAAAAGAGACGUGGGGUUAUUGAUUUGUUUUUGUCAUUUUGGGAAUAAGACUGUGGAAACAUGAGUUAUUUGUAGACUUCAUUACCAGAGAGACGUCAGAGUAUUUCUCCUCAACAAGAUGAAUGACAUUUGAGCUGAUGUGAAGAGGAGAGAUACAGGUGCGUGCGUGCGUGUGUGCGUGCGUGCGUGCCCAUGAGAAAAGACAAAAGAGAAAAGUGUAAUAGUGUCAGAUAUUAUUGAAGUGUGUAACAAAUACUCUGGAGAAGGACAGCAAAAACAUCUUUGUCCUAGUUUAGCCCCUCUAACUUUUGCUCCAAUAACUACAAUGUCAAAAUAAUAAAGACAUUCUUUUUGCAUCCCUGAGAAAACCAUAACUCGAAAAGCAAAUUCUCUUAAUGCUCCAAUUAAAACUAUAUUACUGCAAUGGAAAAUAUUUGAUAACAUCUGUGGAUUCUAGCACUGUUGUUCUUGUCCACUGUUGCACAACAGAUUACAGCUGGAAAGCCUGCAGUCUUGCAUUAAAGAAACUGAUGGAAUUAGUGUGUGCAUGCAUAGUAAAAUAACGAUCUGCUCAAAUAUCAUAACAGAGGGACAUUUAUUGGACAGUCUUUCAUGUUGCUUUGGAUCCUCUUUUUGAUGCAGCAUGAGGCCGCUUUUAUUUUCUCUGAUUGAACAGAUUCGAGGUGACCUUUAUUGACUGAUAUUUGUUUUAGAAAAGACUGUAUUUGCUGAGAGGAGGACCAGCACUGUUUGAUGUCUGUCUGAUGGCUGGUGUUUGAUCUAACCCUUUUAAGUGGCCACUGGCCCAGUUGAUCUGUGUGUUUGCCUGCAGGUGUGUGUGUAAAAUUCUGGCCUUGUGCUUUAAAAAAUAGAACAACAGGCACAACACCUCAAAUUAGGGGUGUCCCGAUACAACAUUGGCAUCGGAUAUCGGUCCGAUAUGAGCAAAAAAACGAAUAUCAGAUUAUGUCAGCCUGCAUCUAAAAUCUCAGAUACAAGCAGUCCAUCCCAGACUCAACUCCAGCACCUCUACCUAGCAGUGUAUCUAGCAUGCAGAGCCCAAGUGAUCACAACAACGGUGUGUACUGAGGUAUAAACAAAGUAGCAAGGGGUAGGAGUGAUGUCGGCCUUGUGGCAGUAUUUGUUUUUUGGAGUCUGAAAACACAUUGUAGCUGAGUGCAAAACUUGUCAUGCACAAGUUUGUGCUAAUAUCGGAACAAUAUCUGUAUCGGAUGAUACUAAGGCUACAAUAUCAGUAUCGUAUCGGAGGUAAAAAAGUUGUAUCGAGACAUCCCUACCUCAAAUGCCACACUCUUUCAAGACACUAGAGCAAGAGAUGUACAGUAUUUUUGCGAUGAACGUUUAAAAAUUCUUCGUACUAAUAAAUCUUCCUGUCUCUUUCUCUCUGUGCCUCUUGGUGUUUUUCGUCCUCUGUCUGUCUCUGCUCUGGUUUAUUGACCACAGCUAACUGUCUGGGAGUGCUGGCGAUGGCUGAAGCCACGGGUUGCACCAAGCUCCACAACAUGCCCAAAGCUUUUGCUCUGCAGAGCUUCCCUGAGAUGGGAGCACAUUUAUCACCCUUUUGAUCAACCCAUUCUGGCGUCCUGCUUGUCCGGCAGCAGUCACAGCACCGAGGCUGAGGAGCUGGUCUACAAGACCCCGAGUCUAGAGCACAGGUAAUAACAAAACAGAGCUGAUGACUGAGUUUGUGGUUUGUGUCCUUGUGCUGCUGCGGUGCUACUAUGUCCUGACACUUUAUUUAUUUAUCCCAUGAGCGCUUUGUCCUCACAGUGCGCUCUAUUCAUAGUUACACUUCAUUUUUCUGUGACACACUGUACUGCAAGAAGAAGAAAAAAAAGUUUCUGGAGGCUGUUCAUCAUCAAAUGUUCCUUCUUGUAAAUGGAUAAUGCACUGAGAUACAGCAUGUCAGAUCAGAGCAAAUGUGGAAUCAAUAAACCCCAGGAUGAGAGCAUCAGCUCACAUUCAUGCAAAGAUAAAUGGACAGCACUGUAGAUGGAUAAUGAUUAAGUGAUUAAAAAACCUCAGGUCAUGAGAGUUUUAUGGAUACAGACACUAAAACAUGAAUUAAACCAAAUGAUUUUAGAAUAUUUGAGCAUCAUAAAAGUGAAGGUGAGAUGAUUAUCAGGUAAAUUACAGCGGUCCAUCAGUGAAGAAGUCAUGCAUUCAAAGUGGAUGGCUCCUUCACUGACAGACAGAAGGGGAGAACUGCCUCAUAUCAGCUGGAUCACAUUUAAUGCAGAGCUUCAUAAGCUCUGCUACUUUACUGGCUCACAUUUUUAUGAAACCUGACAUCAAUAUUUGAAGUUUUCACCUUUUGGAUUAAAUAUUCAGUGAUUAUACUUUAAGAUGUGGCAUUUGAGGCUGUGGUGAUAUUCGUCAUACAUACUGUGUGUUUAACCGAGGAGAAGACUGAAGUAAAUAGUCAAAAGUUAAAGAAGUUUUAUGACAUAUUUAUGGAAAAAUAGAAUUCGCGGGAUGACUGACACUGCGGUUUGGCACUUUAAUAGCAUGGCUGAUUCACAGUUUUCAAGAGGACAUGAUCUUUGUCAUCUGCAUCUAAAACCUCCAGCCAGCUCAAUCUGGCAGACUGCUGCAAUCUCACACUCUAAUGGAGAGGUGCAGAGGUGACUUACUCAGAUGAAGAGGGAAAAAAAAAAGGAAUAGGACAUUUUCCUCGGAUAUCUUAACAGCCCAGUGCUCUGGUUCCUCAGACGAGACAACCAGGUCAUCCCAUCUCUGAGAAAAGAGAGAGAAGAGAGAUGGGGGGUGGGGGUGGGGGGGUGAAAAGAAGCAGAACAGGAUGGAAAUGAGUGAGCUGUGAUUGAAAAAAAAGGAAAAAGAAAUGGAAAAAGAGACCCUAUGUUGUAAACUGAUAUCCAGCAGAUGGUUCCUCUGCUCGCAGCCAUGACAUCCAGGCAGCAGAGAUAUCAAGCUUAAAUCUCCAUCAGUAUGUGACUGAGAAACACAACCAGCAGGUCAGCAGAGAGGACCGAGGAGGAUUAGAGCAGAGAGUGUAGUCUUCUCCCAUCAUGCCUCAGGAGGAGGUCAUCUGACCUGUAAGGUUCAGUUUACACACAUGAUUGCGCAUUAGCUCAUCAUCACCCACCCACCCUCCCUCCCUCUCCUCUGUUUCUUCACUUCAGGUGGAGUCAGACAGCAGCAGGAAGUCACUCCUAUGGAACCUGUGACACUUUUUAAUGACAUGUGAGGGAGGAAUGUCGCAGGGCUGCUGGAAACUCAGGAAGAGAAGGUAUGACUCAAAGCCUGGAGCGAAGUUUGUGCAUGUUUGGUUCAUCUUUGUGUCUAUUAAAGUCUGUGUGUCCGUGCGGUGAGUUGUAAGCUGCAGGCUACAGAGUGGAUAACUGGCAUAUUUAAUUUAUAAAGAGAAAUCAAUCCAUUCAAAAACUCAGACUAAAGACACUGGUCCUACUAGUUUAACAGCAGGAGAGAAAACAGUGUGAUGUGUCUUGGUCUCUAAAGGUGCUGAUUGAUGGAGACCUGUGCCUCUACUCACCCUGCACUUUUUAAUGUGAUGACCACAGACACAGGGCUCCAAUUAUAGCAGGCAGGCUCUGCCAAAUCUCCAUCAGUGCUCAGCAUGUUUCACAAAGGACAUUAUCUCACCAGUUGACUCCACCUGACAAGAGAGACUGAUUAACUGACUUUGAAAAGCCUCUUACUUAUUUCUUAUAAGCUCAAAAAAAGCAUUCAUGCUGUGUUUUCAUCAUAAAAGGGACAGUUAUGUCAUUAGUAACAAGCUGCUGUCCGCUCAGAAUCAACUGUGGCCUCCUCGGAUACUAUCAACUCUCAAGCCAAAUUAAUUGUGUUAUAUUACUUGUUUUUUAUGUUCUUGAAUAUUGUCAGAGUAUGUUUGCUCAUGUGAUCAGAUUCUUUUAUCUUUCACCCCUUAUUAAGAGAAAAAUAAAUCAUUUUUUGAGAUACGAGACGUUUUUAUUUCGGCAUGAAGCAGAAAAUAAUCAAAGGUCAGAAACACUUUAUAGGCAGUGUGAGGAAAUAAACUGAGCUUCAUGCUUCAUUUACCUUUAAAACUAAAAAUGACCCUUUCACCACAGCCAUCACUUUUAAUUUAGUCGUUUUCUUUUCUAAACUCCAAGUUCAGAACUGGAGCUAUUAAUCAUAUUACCUUUUUAGAAAGGUCACAUGGGUAUUUUCGUUCAUUAUCCUAGAGGACUGAACUAAUUACGUCAAGGAGUAUGAGAUAUGAACUUGUAGGCCACGGUUAGCGUGGUCUGUGACUCAGUGACAGACUCGAGAAGACGUGGCCAUGAAAUUGAAAUUGAUACAGCCGAAAUGCUCAGGUUGUUGCUCUUCUUAUAUCACUCUAGGGUCCUCAAUGUUUUAACAAGACCGGAAAUCAUAAAAAAAAACAAGCCCUCGGUCCAGCUGCAUUUAAGUUUAUUAUACAUAGAAUAGGAUGCGAUGUAGGCUGCCAGACUCGAGACCUUAUCUCAUCUUGUCUCAGAGAGCCUGCAGUCCUGAUAUGUGCAUCCACACUUUCAUCUCCAGAGACUGCAUAUCCAGAGCAGGUCAGGGGCAUCUCAUUUUCACUACUCUCCCUUUGAAACACACAGAGCUAUUUGGCACAAAGUUGAGUCUAAAUGAAGCACUUUUUCUUUUCCCAGGAUUCAUACGGAAUAAUAAAAAAGCUUUAUAUUAUGAGGUGGAAAGGUGCAAGAUACGGAGCAGUCAUUGGUACAGAUAUGUUUUGAAUUAUAAGUGAAGAAGUAGGCCGUCCCAUUUUUUCAAUUGAAUGAAGUCAGGCUGAAAUUGCCCUCUAAGGAGAACACAUUGCACCUGUCAGUCAUUGCUCAGGGCAGCAGUGAGCAUCUGUCUGUUGCUGCUGCAUCUCCCUCCCUCCCUCCCUCCCUCCCUCCCUCCAUCCAUCCUUCCGGCUCGUCUGCACAUGUAGUCUGAAAACUUGUGAAACUGGCCUCCGCGAUUCCCAAAUGUUUAAAGAAAAAGUGAUGCAACAGAUUGGUAAUCAUGUUUUGAUACGCGUCACCGGCAUCAAAUUUAAAACGAGCCGUAAGAUUUUGUUAUGAAACAGUGAAGAUUUUUCAGUUUUAAAAUUUGAUUUGUCUUCUUUGCAACAGUUUUAGUCAAAUUCAGGCUGUAAAUGUUUGGAAACCAUCCAUCAAAACAACAGAAGGUAAGGAAAAUCUUACAGCAUACUUAUAGAAAUAAAAUCUCUUUUCCUGAUUGAGUAGUUUAAGUGGAUAAUACAAAACAGAAUUAUUUUCUUUAGCACAGUCCAACACUUAAAAAUUGAAUAUGAGCAGUAGGCGCUUCACUCUUCCCAAUUUUCAUCCUUUUAUAUGCACAUGUGGGAGGAAGUGUGAAGAGCGGGAAGGGAGGUUCAGAGUGAGAAAAAAAAGAAGAAAGAGAGAGAGCGAGUGAGAAUCGUUUUACAAAAACAGGACGGAGAAAGAGGCGAGUGAUAAAAGCAGCAAACGUGAAUUUAGGAUGAUUAUAACAACCAGAUUAAUAACGACCAAGAUCACAAUUACAUGGUUAUUAAAGAGUACCACCAUACUUCAGGCCUUACUUAUGAAGUUCUUCCAUCUGUUUUCUUUCACACACAUGUUCAAAUAUCACAUGAAGCAGUUACCUUUUUGCAGAGACCAGAUGUUGUCUCUUUAAGGUAGUUUUACUGUCAUUUUCAAGAUGUUGGCAAACAGAAAGAGGAUCCGACAGAUGUGGGUUUGUAUGACGCUUAGAUUUGCAGAUGGUACAGUAAGGCGCUGGAUAUUUCUUUUCUUUAUUUGACACAUCGCAAAAAAUGAAACUUGUCUUAGAUAUUAUCAAGACAACCCUGCUGGUGAGUACACAUGCAAAGAGCUCAAACAUGGCUUGCUCUGCCUCUGACUUGACUUCUUGACCUGCAGACUUUAAAUGUAUGGGCUCGAUCCUGACAGCAGAUUGUUCCUGAUGGAGCACCCACACGACCAAUUUCCAUACCACGCUUGUUCCUUCCUUAAGGUCACUGAUACCUGUCUAAGCAUGCACGUCACCUACAACAGAUGCAUUCUCAGUCAUUGGCAAAGACUCCAGCCUGUUUGAUCUGGACUUGGGGGAAUUUCUUCAAAAUGCAAGACAUAACGUAGAGGAGAAAAUGAAACUCAGGCGUGUUUACCAGCUGUUACAAAUAGGUGCAGAUUUCCUCAUGUGCUCCCAGACUUUGAGCACAUUUAUUCCUGCUGUGACUCUAAGGGCACCACCUGGCUGAAGCUGGCCCACAUACAGCUGUAAUUUAGCUCACAGGGUCAAAGCGGUCAGCUGUGUGGACCUAUUCCCCACCACCUGCAGGUUCUAAUUUAAGAGCCCAUGACCCAAAAAAGAAUUAAAACAAAGCGCAUCGGUGAGGUUAAUUGGCUCCAGAGCACAUCCGAUAACUUUUACAAUAUAGUGUGAACAUUUGGCUUUUUUCAGUGAGAGUUUUGAUAUUUCCUACACAUAUCAGGGCUCAACAGUGCAACCGUUUAACUUGCAAUUGCGACUAGAAAUAGAUGUGUGAAAAUUGUAAAAUGUAUUUAGGGGCACAUGCGCAUGAAACAAAUCAGCCGGGGCAACAAAUGUUUUUUCAUGUAAAUACCGCUGUGAAGUUAGUUUCAGGUGGGAUAUUCAACGGACAUUCACUGCGGAUCUAUCAGUGUCUUCUCAGUCUCCAUAACCAGGAAUGGCAACAGCAGCGCGGUUAAAUCUAUUCGACACCAUUGCUGUCAACAUCGGGUGUUGAAUAAGGGACCAUCAAUAAAUUACCGGUUGAUGUUCUCAAAAAAGGCUGUUUUCCUUCAAUAGCUUCCAUGUCAUGUGACCAAAAGACCUAAAAUUGAUUUCAAAUAAUAGUACUUAUGUUGACCAAUAAGGCACACAUUACUUGAUCAAUUUUCAUUGUGCCCCUAAAGUUCCUUACUUUUGUGAAAAAAGUGAGUGUCAAGCCCUGCAUAUCCAUGUGCUUAAGACUUUGUCUCUUAACGUCAUGGUGAAAAAUGAACAGGAAAAAUCACCUGUUUUUGUUUCAUUUUCAGUUCUGCUUUGACAAGUUUCUUAUACAUUUAUUAAACCUUAAUUACACCUGUGAAGAAGCCUUUAUUAAACCUCUAUUUCACCCCUUUGAGGAAAAUAUUUCACUUGGGUUCUCGCUCAUCCUGUCUUCUCCUCUCCUCGUCUACCUCUGCUCUGGUAGUGUUAAACAGAUGGGACACAGGCUGGAGUUAAAAGGGCCUCAGGUGGGAGAGAGAGAUGAUUUCACAGAGUGUCAGCUUUUUAUGGGCUCUCAUCUGAAUGAUGCUUCCCUGUGUCUGUUGUUUUUGUCACUCUCCCCCAGUGCAGCUUGGCCACUUCGCUUUAAGCUGAGGGGUCAGCCGGGUCAAACCUCCACCUCGGGUCUCUGUCCAUCUGUCCAGGCUUGUUUACAGCUCUUACUGUCUGUAUAGAUAAGACUCCUAUUGGGGGGUAAAGACUGACCCAAACACACACACACACCAUCCAGGAAAACCAACUUUUGAUAGACCAAAACAUACAUAUAUAUACAUAAAGCACGUUUAAAAACAAGGGUUUGCAAAGUGUCUUGACAUGCAAACAAAGACCCAAGAACAAAGAGGAGAUAUAGAGGAAGACUAGACAGAUUAAAAGAAAAGCUUUAUGCUUGGUUGCUAUGGAAACAGCAGGUCCUGCCACUGCAUCUGAGUACCUGGACUGUAUAAACAUACGUACGUGUUAGGUCAGGCUACAGUUGAUAAAGUAUUAAAAAGACAAACUACUUAGUCAGUUUGGUGAUCAUUUUCGUGCUGAAGAAACCCUUGAAAAAAGCUCAUAUUAGGCUUUGACUGUGAUGAAUAUUUUUAUGACUCUUAAAACUUCUAAAACUUCUUCAAAUCUUAUUGUUGCCUGAGUCUUAUUAUCUGAUUAUUGUUGCCUAAAUCUUGGUCUUCAUUUAACUGCAUAAACACAGUCAGCUGUCGAAAGAAAAAUUCAAUUUGGAAAGAGAAAAAUCAGAAGCAGGAGGGGAAAUUGUUGAGGUGCAUGUCUGCAGUUGUUUUUAGUUUCCGUACCAAAAACAAACGAACAAAAAUAACUCAAAAAAUUCAGUACCAGGUUUUCUUACUUUAACGCCCCAGACGUUUCUCCAACAUAAUGAUUUCUUUCCCUCUUUUUUUCAUGGUGCAGUUUAAAAAGUGAUUGUGCAGCCAAAAUAGAAAAACUGAGUUUGGGAGUAAAUCAGUCUGUGUCUAUGUUGUAUUGCUCAUGUGAAUCUUGUUUGUAAAGACAUUGCUUUGAGAAAAUAUGCUUAUUUUCUUUUAUUUCUGCCUUUAUUAUUUUCUUAAGCAACAGUAGUUUUCUCUUUCUCUGUCGUGUCUGAGACUUUCUGCUGGUACGCCUACAGUUCACACACUGUGAGGACAGGGUGGAGAUGAUGUGGACUGUCUACAUAGUAACAGUCCAUCAGGUCUGAUGUCAUUUAAUUAAUAUACUUUGAUGAUAUUAAUUUAGGGAUGAGCAGUUUUGUCUUGAUUCAAUCUGUGGCAUGUUGUGCACAUGCAGUAUGUACCUAUUAUUCAUCCUUGAUCGAGUAGUUUCUCUUUGUUUGCAGCAAUUUCUACAGACAUGCUUUUCCCAGGGUCUUUUUAGAGUGUUUAGUCUGUGCAUCUCAUCUCCACACUACAGCCUCAUUAUGCAGGCUGAAGUGUGUGAAGUGUGUUUUGAUUCCGAGCAGCUUGUGGGUUUGUGCUGCAGAGUUACAUAAAUGCAUAAGUGCUGUUGGGAUAAAUACAUUCAUGAUGCAUUUAAAUCUGAAUCUGAACCUAAAAUAUUCAAGUCCCCACCCCCUCAUCAAAAUUAAACUCCUCUGGCACUGAGGUUUUUAUUGUGGCUGAGUAUCCAGGCUGAAUAUUUAUGUGUUUUUAUUUGAAGUCAGCAAGAAAAGUGAAAAAUUGCAUGUUGUGAUGAUACACUCCAGCUUAAAACAAACGCAUCUGCCCAUUCAGCGUAUUUCCUUGCUCAUAUAUGAAGAACAAUAAGAAAAAUAGACAGUUACAGGCCUAUACACUUAUAUAAAGUACUUUUCGAAGUGUAUAGGCCUGUAACUGUCUGACUUCAGCAAUAAUGCUGAUAUCUUGACAAGAGCUGGCUUCACCGGCUGUGAGCUUUAAAGUUAUUUCUGUUACCGCUCAAUAAAACGAGCCAGAUGGUUUCUGCACAACCUUUAAUUUCUUGUUUUCAUGUUUUUUCUUUAUAUAGAACUCUGCUGCGCUGCAUUGAUUUAAUGUGUUUCAUAACUUUAUAGACCAGUUUUAUUUAGCUGUAAACUUUUAUAUCAGUGGCUUUGACAAAGUCCUACAUUUCAUCUGUUUGUCUCACCCAAAGUACUCUUGUACUGAGUUAGUGAGUCUGGUUUUGAAAGAGAAAUAUCUACAUAACUAGAGCUCGGCGAUAUGGCCCAAAAUUACGAUAUUUUGAGCAGUUCACCUCGAUAAUGAUAAAUGGACGAUAAAUACUCCACAAGCUGCUCAACCCCUCCCACAUUAACUUCAUCUACUUUGGCCAUUGCUCCAGCUGCUACAACUUUUGAACCGUACCCCAUCUCUUCACCUGUCUUUCCCUCUUUGUUAUGGACUGGAUGGGGUGGAGUCAAGUCUCUGAUGUACGACAGCGUCUUACAGGGAAAUGAGACCAUAGCCUACCUACACAUAUCCAAAACCAACUUUUUAUUCAUUCAUUUUUUGGACACCAAAUAUACUGAUAUGGGCAAAAUGACGUCAGUUAUUGUCGUAAAUUUCGGUAUCGGUAAAUUUUGGGUUUAUCGUCCAGCCCUAUACAUAACAAUGUUGGACAUCAAUCAGUCUGGAAACCUUUUCUUGCAAAUUUACAACAGAGACUGCGUCAUGAGGUCAAAAAUAAGUCCAAAAAGGUUAAAAACAAACUAAUUUUUAAUUUCAGUAUUUAUAUUAUAUUGUUUCCUUCGUGAACAAGUGAAAUUUCCAAUGCAGCAGCAUAUCAUUAACCUCUAUUAGACAAAAGAGUGUUUGAGGUGACGGUAAAACUUCCGGCCUGAUAAGAGGAAAUCAGUGUCAUGUACUGUUUGUGUAUCCACUAGUUACUGAUUGGUUAAUUAGAGUGUGGAUGUAAAUCUACUUGACUGUCACUGGACUUUCUGGAGGAUCAAACUGUUGCUGGUUCUUCAAGUUCAUUCAGAAAACUAACUUAUGUUGCAGCAGGAAUUUUUCAUCCAUAUGAGCAUUUGCAUAGUGGUACAAUAGCUCUGGUUCAUGCUGUGUUUUCAAGCUGUGAGUGCAUCACAGACAGCGCACAUUGUGUUCACAUUUCCCCCUCUCUUCACAUACGAUGCUGUGCUCAGCUCAGAGGAGGGCGGAGAGCAUCAAGGCAAACUGUUAACCCCGCAAAGUGGAGGAGCACUCAGGAAAAAUGAGCUGUAAUGAUGAGGAGACACGGGGGGCCAGCUCAGCCCACACCGAAACACAAACACACAAAUGCAAACACACAAAUACUGUUGUAGUUCUAAACAAACUAUAAACAAGCAGUUUAGUUCCUCCUGCUGUUGUCUGUCCAUGUUUUCAUGUCUUAUCAAGCAUUUCUUUGUCUAAAGGCUGAAAGUUUAAAAGGACACAAACACAUGCACAUUGAGUAUGCAGAAGUUCAUUCCAGUGUUUGUGCUCCAGCGAUCUUUCUACUUAUUCCAGACCAUGCAGUUAAAGUUCACUGAAACAAGAGUUUCAAACUUUUGCAUGUCAACCUGUUGACAUGACAUUCAUGCACUUCUUCACAGCCUUAUCAGCCAGCAGCUCUAAGAAAGCAGCUGCAUCCCCUCAAAGCAGACCAAAAGUCAAAACUUUAAAACUGACCAUCUGAUCAUUUUCUGUGAACUCUGCCUCCCACUGCAUCCUGCUACAAGCAGAUGAACUCUCUUUUCCGUGGUUUAUCUUGAUGUAUCCUUUACUUUUUCUCCUCAGCAGCAGCAGUAGAUCAUAAAAUCAUUGAAUCCAUUUGCCAUCUUUCUUCUUGGCUCCACAGCAUCAGCAGUAACCUAGGGUGACCAUAUUCUCAAUCCCCAAAAAGAGGACACUGCUAAGCGGGGCGGAGUCGGCAAUAGUAAAUUUUGAGAGUUUUUCGGGUCGAGUGUUUUUUACGCGCUUCUUACUCAGUCAGUCCAAGUUACACAGGCUACACACAGGCUAAGCUACACACUCAAAACUUCCGUACAAAACCCCGCACAUUUGAAGGAUUUUAAACUCCCCCCAACAAGGCCAGACAGGCUGGACAGCCCCCAAAAGGAAGGACGUAUGGUCACCCUAAGUAAACAUGAAUUGAAAAGAUUGUCUUAGGGAGGCAACCUCAGCUUUAAAAGGCAACUAUAAGAGUAAUACACUCUUAAAUAAUAGAUUUAGUGUUCGGUUUGAACUCAGUAGUAUGUUUUAUAAACGUUAUCAGGGACAGAGGGAUUGAAAUUUGAAACUAUCUUUGCAAAGUUUGGUGUUUAAAUCACGUGACGCUAGCUGUUCAUUCUGGUUAGCCGUUACUAAGCGACAAGAACAGCUAGGUGAGGCUGUCGUCUGAGUAGUGAUGCAAGUACACAAUCCUUUGAAGGGUAGACCUGUCUAUGCAGGCCGCAACAACUGAGUCAUUAAAAGGCCAGGUCCUCUGAAGGUUGCAGCUCCAGGAUUGGGACACAGAUACUGUCCUCUUUGCUUUUUAAGUGAAAAUACGAAAAAUUAAAUGAUCUGCUAGCGUUAGCUCCUCUAAAUACAGACCUCUGACAUUUCCGAAAACAUCAUGGGACACUUGUCCUGAACUUGAAGCUCUCCAAAUAAUCUAACUCAUGAUGUUGUGAAUCUGGAAAGAGGGGGGCAUUCACAUGGUCUCUGGUAAACAGGACUGAUCUUGUAGGGACUAAGUGUCCCAGUUAUUUUGGAAAAACUGCAGAAAAAAAAAAAAACGUGAUUCCACAAGGACCAAUUAUUUGGUAGAAAAAUGUUCCACCAGAAACUUUUUGUAGCAACAUCUGUGGAUCAUCCAGAGUAUCUGGGACACUGUUUCCAGGAAGACACGUGCCUGUAGAGUUUUUUUUUUUUUUUUUUUUUUAGAGAACAUUGUGUUUUUUGUCAUUAUGGAUGCAGAAUUCAGAGAUUUCCACAAUCCUGUUCAGCACUGCCUCUCAUUCAAACAUACCUUUUACUCUUAGCUCGGGAAGGGCACUGCCGGCUUAAAUCUUCUUUCCCUCCCCCAAUAUGUCACGACUGGCCAGAAAAUCCUCUAGAAAUGACACUGCCUAAGUCACAGCUUUGAUACAUGAUGUUUUUGGCCGACACAGAGGUACACUUUUCUUACAAUCUCACAAAAAAAGCCAGCCAACCUGAAGCUGUAUGUGCACUCAGUCUGAUUUGUGUCCAUGAUAAAUUGUGUGAGAAAGUGCUUACUGCUUUGUGUUGGCUCAGACUCACUAAAGGCUAAUAUAGUUCUCUGUUGUUUUUUUCCUUUUUCCUUUAGAAAAAAAGAUGUAAAGGGAAUUUUCUUUUCAACAGAACCACUAGAAAAAUACCAGCCACCUAUAGAUACCCUGUCAGGAGAGUCUGAGUGGAAAAGUAUUACACUAGAAAAAUAAACCUGUGUUUAGCCUUGGCUUCAAGUGUUGUGUGUUUUUCCACUUCAUUCUCUCCCCUCUUGAGUCCCCCCGUUGUUCCACCUCUCUCCCUUCCUUCCCUACCUCUCACCCACCUGCUGCUUACAAGCUCAUUUCUAUCUGGUAGCUUGUUGUCUUGUUUGCUCUCUGGAGCCUGCUGCUGAUGCUAAAGACUGAAAGAACCUGAGACUAGGGCUGGGCGAUAAACCAAAAAUUUACUGAUGCCGAAAUUUACGACGAUAAUUGAUGUCAUUUUGCCGAUGUCAACAUAUUUGGUGUCAAAAAAUGAAUAAAAUAAAAGUUGGUUUUUGAUGUGUGUAGGUAGGCUAUGGUCUCAUGUCCCUCCACCCCAUCCAGUCCAUAUCAAAGAGGGAAAGACAGGUGAGGAGAUGGAGGACGGUUCAAAAGUUGUAAUGGCUGGAGCGGCGGCUGAAGUAGAUGAAGUUAAUGUGGGAGGGGGUGAGCAGCUUGAGGAGUAGUUAUCAUUCAUUUACGAUUAUCCAGGUGAACUGCUCAAUAUAUCAUGAUAUUGAUUUGAGGCCAUAUCGCCCAGCCCUACCUGAGACACACAUGUGGCAGCCUGCUGGCCUGUUUGUGUGUUUUAGAUCACUGCUGUCUUUAUCCAGAAGGUCUGUGUCUGUUUGUUUGUGUGUGCAUGUGUGAGAGCACAGAUAGAGUGAGGAGUAACAGGGAUGAGAUAUGAAUACAUCAUACCAUCAACACAGUAAAAUGCUUGAACUGUUUUUCUUUUAAUCAAACAUGGUCCUCAACAUGUUUGUUUAUGUCAGUCUUCAUAAACUGAGUUACACUCUCUGUUUACAAAGUAAUUUCCUGUGACCAAGAGGAAACUUUCCUAUUUUGCAUUUCCAGACAAGCUCAUUGAUUCAGGAAAAGGCUGAGGUCGGCCUGAACUCAUAACAGCAGCCUUAUGAUUUAUAGCCGCAUGUGUAAGUUGUUGCUCAGUCAGCCAAUCAAUGAUGAAGAUUUUCUAUGAGGGCACAAUUAUUCAGGGUACAUAAAUUUUCACCUUGCUUUUUAAAUACUCAGAUGAUUACUUAACUGUCAAACGUCAUGCAACAAAACAUUACGCCUGCAGCACAAAGCAUUUCAGGGAGGCUUUGAUUCAAUUUUGGCUUUUAUAAUUCUAUAAAGACCUCCCCUGAUUGUGUUUUCUUCACGUUUAUGCUCCACCUUUGUCCUGCAGGUUCAGCAGAGGUGAUAAUCUUGGUAGGAGAGCAUCAGGCGAUAGAGAUGAACCAGCGCUUCUUGACAGCAGUCACCUGUUUCAACCCCCAGAACAAUAAGUGGUACCCGCUGGCCGGCCUGCCCUUCUACGAUCGAGACUUCUUCAGUGUCAUCUUAGCCGGAGACGACAUUUACCUGUCAGGUGAGCUAGAAAUGCUGCAGAACGAUUGUAGCCUUACAGUCUGUGUGUGUCUUCUAAGAGUCCGGCGAUCAAAGGGGUUUUAGCCAGCCAAUCAACAGACUCUGCUCAGUAACCUUCCUCAGACUCAGAGCAGGGUCACUGAGCGACAGCAACCACACAUACAAAGGAGGUUGUGAUGGUGGCUGACUUAGGUGCUACACGUCUCUGUUGCCAGACACCUGCUCCCAGCUGGUGUCUAACGCAGCCCUAACCUCGGUCUGA